AUGGCCCAUCAUCUGCUUUUAAUCCAACAAAACAAAAUUCGUCCAAAACCGAACCGGACCGGGUUCGAAAGAUUCGGUCUAUUUUUCGUGUGUGUGUUUCGUCUAUUGAGAAGCAGUUUCGGAGGAAAGAAGAAAGGUAUAACACUGGAGAGAGAGAUGAGGAAGGUGAAUACGCUUCUGAAACGAGGACUCAAAUUUGUUGAGGAUAACGUUUUGCUGAAGAUCCUCCAAUCUGAAAUUCGUCACGAAGUCUCCAACCCUCGUUUCCAGGGAGCUGAGACUGGUAACCUAGGAGAUUUCAAAUUGGAUUGGGAUACUUCGGAGAGCCAAGAUAUAGUUCUGAGGAGACAACUUGAUUCAGGGGAGGAGGUCGUCGUCUCAGCUUUAUUGCAACAAAAACCCAUAGAAGAAGCUGGUACAGCGUUUCCAAGAAGAGCUCUGGCCAAAGUAUGCAUCAGAAAGCCUGGACUCAGCUCUAUCAUGCAGUUUGAUUGCAGCGUUUCCGAAACAGCUUCUCGAAGCUCUGUUUUCGACAUAGAGAGAGCCUAUUUAUUCCGCUCUUUAGUAUCUUCGCCUUCUUCGAUUUACGGAGAGCACUUGUUCAGGACAUUAGAUCCCAAACUUCAGGAUGCACUGAAGCAAUACCUUACAUCCAAGGGAAUCAGUGAAGGACUGACCAAUUUCCUCUUGUGUCAUUUGAACAAGAAGGAGCAGGAUCAGUACGUUAACUGGUUACGCAAGCUUGAAUCGACAAUGUCGCGCUCUGUGAAGCUGUGAGCUCUUCACUCCAUUUGUUGCUCAUUUGUUUUUUUUUUUUACCUUUUCUUUAUUCUUCUUGGGAUUUUCUUGCAAAUGUAAUGACCUCGAGAGAGUAGCAUACUCAGCUUUCCCAUGGAUCUUUUUUUUUUUUCUAGGAAAUUUUAGUGACCAAAUAUAUGUUAACUGGUAACAAAAUGGGACCCCAAAUCUUAUGCUUUGGUCUUUUCCAUAUGAUUUAUGUUGUUUCUGAAUUAAUAGCUCAUCAUAAUAUAACUACAAACUCAG